GAAAUGGAUUACCAUUCCAUUCAUGGUCAUGACGUCGCCAAUUUCGAUGUGCCCAGUUCACACCGACUGCCAACGGUGAGCGCUUCUGCCAUACUGGACGAGUUGAAAGAUGACUCGUCCACGUAUGUUUCAACUGGGCUGCCAGACCUGGACAAGAAAUUGCAGAGCGCGACGUCUUCAGAGUCACAGGACUUGGAUGUCACCGGCGGAAUCAGACGGGGCCAAGUCACUGAGCUAUGGGGUCCCCCAGGCUCUGGAAAGACAGCGAUAGGCAUACAGUUAACGGCGAACGCACUAGCAAAUGGCGAUACCGUCGUGUGGGUAGACUGUUUCCAGUCGGUCUCUCUUGAUCGGAUGGCCAAGGUGGUUGAUGUUGCGAAAAAAUCACAGGUGUCGGAACUUCCCCACAAAGACUCCCAAGAAAGUGAGAAAGCGUUAGGAGGCGUCACUCAUUACAACUGUCUAACCUUACCGCAUUUCAUCGCACUCGUCUCAAAACCUUCGCCAAGGCUGAUACCGGAAGACACGUCCCUCGUCAUUGUUAGUUCGCUCACAACAUUGAUCAAUUCCGUGCUUCCGAAACCUAAAGAUGCGCAACGAGGAAUGCUACACAACAAAGGUGCCGCCAUCCCGCAAAUCGAUCGACAACGUUCUCGCCAUGCUGACAUCGGUCCUCUAGGUCCUAGCGCCUUUGCCAAAAGGCAGCAAGCUCUCCAAGCCAUCAUGAAAGCCUUACAGACGUUGGCGUCAACUAGAAAGUGUGCAGUUGUCCUUCUCUCGCAAUGCGCCACUAAGAUGCGACUUGAAAGAGGAGCCAGCUUGAUCCCGGCUGUCGCUGCGAGUGUUUGGGAACAGAAUAUUUCGACGCGUAUCGCGCUAUUCAGAGACUGGAGCUGGCGGGAUAACACGCCUAGCAGCAUUUUCUUAGCCGGCCUGCAGAAGCUUGAUGGUAAAGUUUCUGAAGACAUGAUGGAGCACGUCUCAGCUUUCAGUGUGAGCGGAUACGGCGUGGCUAGCGCGUGCUACGAUGGCGGAGGCCGUCGAUCUUCGGGUAUUGCACCCAUGACGCAACAUAAGAGGAAACGAGGCAACACAGACUUUGAGGUUCCUGAUAGCGAAGACGACGAGGAUUAUGGAUGGGCGAAUGAGGACGAGGCUCACCUACCAGCUCCCCCGUCACAAUGGCAAGGAAGCGAGGAUAUUCUCCUUGGCCAGGCAGUUGGCCGAAGUGACGAUGGUUCAGACUGGGACGAGGAUGAAGUCGAAGGAGAUAAAGGUCCAGACCGGUUGACUGGCAAAUCAACCCCACUGAGCGCCGGCUCUCCACAAAGCUCACAUGCGGGCGAUGAGUUGGGCGCAACUUGA